AUGUUAAAAUUUAAAAAUAUAUACAAAUUAUUAAUAUAGGUUAAGCCAACUCCUAAUCCAAAUUUUCUUAAAUUUAUUCCAAAUGGAAAAUAAGUAAUGGAAAAUGGAACUUAUGAUUUCUCAAGAGCAAAAGAAGCUCAAUGUUCACCACUUGCUUAAAAUUUAUUUAAUAUAAAUGGAGUGACUAGAGUAUUUUAUGGAAGGGAUUAUAUAUCAAUAGCUAAAAAAGAAGAAAGUAAAUGGGAUGAUUUAAAACCUAAGAUUUUUGAAUUGAUAUAAUAAUAAUAUGAAUUGAAUGAAGAUGGUUAAGAGAAAUUAUUGAUAUUUGAGGGAUUUAAUUAAAAUUAAGACACAAUUAUUAAUGAAGAUGAUAGUGAAGUAAGAUAUAAUUUAAAAUGAUAUAGCCUGUUUAAAUGAUUAAAGAGAUUAUAGAUAAUCGUAUUAGACCUACAGUUUAAGAAGAUGGAGGAGAUAUAGUAUUUAGAGAAUUUGAUGAAUAAAAUGGAAUUGUUUAUUUAUAUAUGAAAGGAUCUUGUGCAGGAUGUCCUUCUUCAGCAAUUACAUUAAAAAAUGGAAUAGAAAGAAUGCUUUGUCAUUAUGUAGUUGAAGUUAAAUAAGUGAUUGCUGAAGAUUAUAUAGGAUCUGAUUGA